AUGACGACAUCUGCUAGGGAAGUGAGAAGAGAAAAUGAAGAACACCAAGAACUAAAGGCACAUCUUUACGCAAACCCGACCAAGGUCAGCCUCAUUCGCAGUAGCGUGGCGCUGAGUGAGACCAUCGCAGAACCGUCCAUUCAAAAACUACAGAAGAAGGUAAAAUGCGAUUAAUCGACGUGACAGACUUCUGAAGAUCGAGACUAUCCUCACGAAAUUUGAUGCAAUUCGUGCACUGGAUAAGCAGCGCUAUCCACAGCAUUUCCGAGUAGGCCGACUCAUAGAACACAGGUGUUUUAGACCUAAAACUGACAAGCCUACAACCAAAACACUUGUCUGCCAACAAAAAGAAGCUUUGUCGCGUAAAGGUAGGCGCCUCAAAAUAAUUUAUUUUGACAUUCUGAGGUUGGCAACUCAACUAGAUGCUUAUAUUGAUCAAAAGACUUCUAAAAUAUUUGUCUUUCCUUGCAGAAGAUUAUGACAAAACACACGAAGUGUUUCCUUUACAACACGAAAAAUGA